AGAAUACUCGCAAGAACACAAAGCGAGAGACUGAAGGAUAUGAUCAGUGGAGAUUCCAAUACCAUCCCCUCCCUCAUCAUCUGCUGUCUCCAAGCUGUCCCAACUCCCCUUCCCCUCUAAAAACUUCCCCACCACAUCACUGUGAGAGCGAGGACGAGGAGAGAGGAGGAGCGCAUCGUGGCAACAGGCAGCAAGAGUGAUUGUUUCGAGGAGCGUGGAGUGGAGCCAUGGGGAAGAAGGGCAAGUGGUUCGGCGCGGUCAAGAAGGUGUUCAGUCCUGAAUCCAAGGAGAAGAAGGAGGAGAGACAGAGGAGGAAAUCCGCAGCUAGUAACCCAACUCCACUAGAUCUGACCCCAUCUACCUCCUUGGAAGUCAAUGUUUCGGUGCCACCCCCUCCGGCUCCUCCAGUUCUUCACCAGACUGAGGAGAUUAGGGUCCCUGAAGCUGAGCAGGAGCAGCGCAAGGACGUCACCGUAGAGGAGGCUCCUGCUGCCCCUGCACAGGCGUUGGUGCAGCCACCUGGUGUGCCAAGUGAAGAGCUUGCUGCAAUCAAGAUUCAGACCGCCUUCCGAGGUUACCUGGCAAGGAGGGCAUUGAGAGCGUUGCGGGGACUUGUUCGAUUGAAGUCCCUGGUUGAGGGUGAUUCAGUUAAGCGUCAAUCUGCAAGCACUCUGCGCUGUAUGCAGACUCUAUCACGGGUGCAGUCACAAAUACGUUCUAGGAGAGCAAAGAUGUCUGAGGAGAACCAGGCCCUCCAGCGCCAGCUCCUACUCAAACAGGAAUUGGAGAACUUCAGGAUGGGUGAGAACUGGGAUGACAGCACUCAAUCCAAGGAGCAAAUCGAGGCGAGCCUAAUAAGCAGGCAAGAGGCAGCAAUAAGAAGAGAAAGAGCGCUUGCAUAUGCAUUUUCACAUCAGUGGAAGAGCACUUCAAGAUCUGUCAACGCAAUGUUUGUAGACCCAAACAACUUGCAGUGGGGCUGGAGCUGGUUGGAGCGCUGGAUGGCAGCAAAACCUUGGGAGGGCCGCAAUGGGGCUGAUAAGGAGAGCAACAUUGACCGUGGAUCUGUUAAGAGCAUGAGCUUGAACCUUGGAGAGGGUGAGAUCACAAAAGCUUUCAACCGCCGGGACUUAAAGCCAGAAAAGCCGUCACCACCAACUCCAAAACUGACCCGUCCAGCCUCCAGGCAAUCCCCUUCAACGCCCUCCGCUAAAGUGGCACCAUUACCUGCAAGGAGGAAAUCUGCCACGCCAAAGAAUGGACUUUCACAGGUGGACGACGAUGCAAGAAGUGUGUUCAGUGUGCAGUCUGAGCGACCAAGGAGACACAGCAUUGCCACCUCGACUGUGCGGGAUGAUGAGAGCCUCGCAAGCUCUCCGUCACUUCCAAGCUACAUGGUUCCCACAGAAUCUGCAAGGGCGAAGUCACGCCUCCAAGGAUCAGCAUUGACUAAUGGCGCAGAGACACCGGAGAAAGGAGGCUCUGCUGGACCGGUCAAGAAGAGGUUGUCCUUUCAAGGUGGAACAGCAGCUGCCUCACCAAUGCGGCGACAUUCUGGUCCUCCCAAGGUGGAGAGUGCAGUGAAGGACAUUGUUGCCCCACCACAGCCAGAGGCCUUGGUGAUCAAUGGUGGAAGCAAGUGAGUCAUAUGACAAGUGCCAGGAGGGGGGGAGUGGAUUAUGAAGAUAUAUUUUAUCCAUGAAGAAAGGUUACGUGAUAUCAGUUCUACGAAUGAUUUGAAUUGUUUUCCAGUUACGACCACAUUGUUUGCUCUAUAAGAUUCACAGUACCUGCCAGUUGAUUCCAUUUGUUGUUUCUGUAAAACAAAUAUCGAUUCAUCACUAGAAUCCAUGAUGUUUGUAUGUAAACAGGUCUUCUAUUUAUGUGAGCCAUAUAUUUCUUCUGAAAA